UUGGGCCUAUGAUUUUGGGCUUGAGUUCUUUUUCUAAUCUGACCAGCGGAGUAGUCAUCCAUUCUUCACACUUAUUUACACAGCUUCCAUCAAUCAGACGAACAGAAACUAGGGUUUUCCAGCACCUAAUCAAGGCUUUAUCAUCAUGGUCAGUACAGCAGAUCUGUUAGCAAUAUCCCAAUCUUCCAUUUUGCUUCCCCAAUUUCGUUCCCAAGUGUCGACUCAAGGCCAAAACCGUACCCCGUGCUAUAAAGUUUGUACCACAGCUUCAACUAGUUGUACCCGUGGCUUCUCAUUGACACCCACAUCAAAUCUCUCACUAUACCGUCCGAUUAGUAUCAAACAGCAGUCAAGAAACCGGUUUUCAAGUGUGUUAAGAGGCUGUGUAGUUCCUGAAAAAGUACCAACUGCUUUUUCUGUUGAUUUUGUAGAAGGAACUGAUAUCGAACCAGAUAGCACCGGUGGUGGUGGCGGUGGUGACGUUGGUGGUGGUGAAGGAAACAACUGGGGCGGUAGUGGAGGCGGUGAAGGAUCAUCAGACGACAGUGAGAAGGAACCCAAGAAGAUGGCGAUGUCGAUGUCUCAGAAGCUAACGCUGGGCUAUGCCGCAUUAGUUGGGCUGGGCGGAUUGAUGGGUUAUUUAAAAAGCGGGAGCCAGAAAUCUUUACUCUCUGGCGGCAUAUCUGCAGCGUUACUGUACUAUGUUUACACGCAACUGCCGGUGAACCCAGUGUUCGCAUCAUGUGUUGGGUUUGGUUUGUCUGCUGCACUUUUGGGAGUCAUGGGUACACGGUUCAAGAAGUCGGGCAAAGUUUUUCCAGCUGGGGUUGUGUCUGUCGUGUCGCUUGUUAUGACUGGUGGGUAUAUACACGGUAUCAUGCGCAGCUUUCAUUAACGGUGGUGGUUAAAUGUGUACGUUUAUGGACUCCCAAGACGUUUGUAUCGUUGUAAUCUUCGACUUUGUUUGUGUUGAAUAAAUAGUUGAAUAUUGAUAUAGAUCUUUUGUGGUGGUGGAAUGUGAACCGGUUUUGUUGUUUA